UUUACUUAUCAGUGUCAUGGCGGCUUCCAGUACUGAAUUUGCGCUAACUUUCAAAAUAUUGAAAACAUGUUCAACUACAAAAGCGCGGACAUCUGUCCUAACCCUUCCUCAUGCUGUUGUAAAUACUCCAGUUUUUAUGCCUGUUGGUACUCAAGGGACAUUAAAAGGUUUGCUUCCAGAACAACUCGAAGAAUUAAAUUGCAAUCUCAUGUUAUCUAACACCUAUCAUCUUGGCAUGAGGCCGGGACAGGAAAUUAUAGAAAAAGCUGGAGGACUUCACAAAUUCAUGAACUGGAAAAAUGCAUUAUUGACUGAUAGUGGCGGUUUUCAGAUGGUAUCGUUAGUGAAAUUAUCUGAAGUUACUGAAGAUGGUGUCAGAUUUGUUUCUCCUUAUGAUGAGAAAGAAAUACUUUUAACUCCAGAAAAGUCAAUAGAUAUUCAGAAUAGUAUAGGGGCUGACAUCAUAAUGCAGUUAGAUGAUGUUGUGAGUAGUACUAUUUCCGGACCCAGAGUUGAAGAAGCAAUGCAUAGAACCUAUCGCUGGCUUGAUAGGUGUAUCAAGUAUCACAAGAAGCCUAAAAGUCAAAACCUUUUCCCAAUUGUUCAAGGAGGUCUUAAUCCUGAAUUAAGAUGGCAGUGUGCCAAAGAACUUCUCAAAAGAAAUGUGCCUGGUUAUGCAAUUGGUGGACUAAGUGGUGGUGAAUCUAAAGAUGAUUUCUGGAAAAUGGUUCAUUUAAGUACAGAUUUGUUACCUAAUGAAAAGCCUAGAUAUUUGAUGGGAGUGGGAUUUCCUUUGGAUCUUGUUGUUUGUUCAGCUUUGGGUUGUGAUAUGUUUGACUGUGUGUUUCCAACAAGAACUGCACGAUUCGGCACUGCACUUGUACCUGGUGGGGAACUAAAUUUGAAAAAUAAAGCAUUUGCUAAUGAUUUUAGACCAAUUGAUGAAACAUGCAAGUGUCCAACUUGCAUUCGAUACUCCAGAGCUUACAUCUAUCAGAUUGUUACGAAAGAAACAGUUGCUUGUCACAUGAUUACUACCCACAAUAUAGCACAUCAGAUGAAUUUAAUGAGGUCUAUACGUGAAAGUAUACUUGAAGAUCGUUUUCCUCAAUUUGUUGAAGAUUUCAUGUUAAGAAUGUUUCCUACAAAAGAGUAUCCAAAAUGGGCUGUAGAUGCUUUAAAUGCUGUGAACAUCAAACUACCCUCUUAGACUACAAUUUUUUAACAUUUUAUAAAAUUACCUAUAACAAAUUUUAAUUCUUAUAAAUAAAAUAUUUUUCUAAUA